AAAGAAGGCGACCUGAGGGAGGAUGAAGGAAGAGGUAGUCAGGAGAGGAGGGAUUGUGAUUAAGGAAUAUACAGGGGAGAGUACGAGAGGCGGUUUUCCCGCAGUGUGGGGGAGGGAGUGAGGGAGAGUGUGAGUCUGGCAAAUGCCAUGGGAAUGGCAAUAGGAGGCUACCUGAUGGGUACGGAACUCGCCACCGCCAUCAUAGUGAAGGUGGCGAACGGGGAGACCAAAGUGGGUGCUUGCCUGCUCGAGCCAGGCGGUGAUUGCAGCCGACGCAGUGAGCCUUCGUGCGAAGAAGGGAGACGGAGGUGUAUGGGCUAUGAUCAUCGAAUAGGACAAGGAGGUAGCGAUGGUCCUGACGAGUGGGGGAGGGGUUGGGGCCGCACAUAUCCAUGUGGACAAGAUCAAGCGGCUGAGCGGCGACGGAGGGGGAACUCCAAUGCGGGAUACGGGAGAGGAGUCUACGAGUAGUAGUGUGAUAGAGUGCACAUUGGUUAGCGCGACUUGGAAGAUGGUGGUGAUACCGGUCUGUUGGAGGGACCUUUGGGAGUAGACAUGGGCAUAAGCCGAGCCAGGCUCAGCUCGGCUCGUCCACGGGUCACCAAACAUCCCUGGCUCGGCUCGCAUUUCUGUGGGCGAGCCAGGGCUGGCUCGACAGCGAGCCGGCUCGGCUCGGCUCGCCUAGCACGCGCUUAAGCCUACAGUAGUGCGCGCUUGAGCCUACGCAAGUGCGCGCUGUUAAAAGUGGCGCGGGCUGCUUAAGAUUCAUUGCGCUACUCCUAGGCACGCACGGAAUUCUAGGGUUUGCGGAAUUGACGGAAAGUAGAUUGCAAAAGGGUUUGAUGGGUUUUUUGGUUGUCAAAGUUUGGGAUUGCGACUUGGCGCAAUGUCUGGUUGAAUUCGCCAGGUCGCAAGCAAUGUCGUGGGAAAACAUUCCGCGUCAAACAUUUUGGGUGGGCGUUUAGCGUUUACCAUUUUAACGCAGCUUUUAAACGCUAAACGCUGCCCUGCUAGAGCGUUUGCGGUAACACAGUCGAGGAGUUGUUGGCGGGAGAGACAAAUGGGGAGACUCGUUUGAAAUCGAGACAAAGUCCAAGGUGGAGGGGAGUGAAGGUGAGGGAGGAGGAGGAGAGGCCACAUACUAUUCAAAUGCGGUUUCAUUAAUAGCAGGGGGAUACAUGGAAGAUUCAACAGACCCAGUCUGACUAAGCAAACCAACAAAGCCAAAGGAGGGAAAGGGGGUCACAGUGCUAGUAGCAGAGGGUGCAGAGGAGGCACCGGAGAGAUGAGCAGCAAUCGCACCACUCCUGGCAGAGAAGGGCUGCUGCUAAGGAGGCACUGUUGCUCCUGCUGCUGCAACACCUGCUGCUGCACCCUCUGGUGCUGCUGAGGGAGCGAAGAGGUGAGGGCCUGAUGGGCCUGGGUAGAGGAGCUGGGCUGAUAGACGGGGGAGGUGUGCACCUCGUGGGAAGUGGGGCAGGGAGUGACAGAGGACCAGCGAGGAGGAGUGGGAGUUGCCACGGGCAACCACUGGUCACUGAGUGCCCUUGACGCACGUCUCACUGGCAUGAGCGAUCUGGCCGUAGUGCUGACCCAGCGGGUGGGGCCAUAGUGAGGCAGGUACUGACACGGGGGAAAGGCGGAUGUUGCGCCAUGCCCAACACGACCAUGAUGUUAGAAUAUUCUACCUUCAUUCUAUUAGCCUACAUUGUUACAUUGUCUUAGGUACUU